UGGGCGCUCUGUCUCUCUAUAAAAGGAGACUAAUGGUGUUGAUGACUUUGCAACAAGAAACGAAUCAAGAGUAAGCGCAUGGCUUCCACCACCACUUUCUUCCUUUACCUCAUCUUUCUCUUAUGCUCAACUUUGAACUUCAUGCCCUUAGAAGCACCUCCUCCAGAUUUCUCAACAAAAGUUACAUAUGACCCUGAUUCAGAUCUAUACAUAGCUUCCUAUUCCAUUGGCACACCACCACAAAAUGUCCUUGCCUUUGUUGACACAGCAAGUGACGUCAUAUGGACCAAUUCCAAAACAGCAUUCAAAUCCGCAAGCUCCACCACUUACGGUGCUCUGCCAUGUGACGACAAAAGUUUUUGUCAGAAACUAAAUCAGAGAACUUGCAAGAUUCGUAGUAAUCAAAAUUGCACCUAUAAGAUCAAAUACUCCGAUCAAGCAUCAACAUCGGGGGUGAUUUCGCAAGACAAAUUCUCCUUUGAUGCAAAGGACGUGGGGAUCUUAAAGUUCGGUUACGCUACGGAUACAAGCCCUAAUUUAUUCGAAGGGAAGGACAUCAAUGGUUGUUUGGGACUAAGCCUUAUUACCCCUUUCUCCUUCAUCUCUCAAUUAGGUAUCCAAAAGUUCUCUCACUGCUUCGUUAAAACAAGCUCUAAAAGUACUACAAUGUAUUUUGGGUCAAAAGCCGUUAUAUCUGCAAAAGACUCAAUACCAUUGGUAGACCCCAAAUACUACUAUGUCAAACUUAAUGGAAUCAGUGUAGGAAACAAAAUAGUCAACUUGAAAAGUCAACCUGGAAGAAUUUAUGUUGAUACUGGUGCUACUUACUCGCGGCUUAAAAAAGCGGUGUAUGAUCCUUUUCUGAAAUUGAUAAGAGAAGAGGUGGUUAAGCCUGUUGCAAAGAGUCCACACGAUUUCCUCGAGUUCUGUUUUAAGGCGACUAAAGCAGAGGUGGAAAACUUGCCAAAGGUGACGUUUCAGUUCGCCGAUAACAAAGUAAAUGUUAGUUUUGUGAAUGGUGUUACUUAUUUGGAAUUUGAUGGCGGAGUUUGGUGUCUUGCCAUUAUACGAUCGACUGAGAAUGACUCGCUGCUGGGGAACUUUCAAUUGGCUAACCUCAAUGUUGGAUAUGAUAUCGCAGGGAAACAGAUUUCCUUUACCAAUACGAACUGUUAGCCAUGCAUUUUAGGGUGAAUUCUAGUAUGUUUACUUUUAUAGUAACUAUGGUGAUUAUCAAAUAUUUUUAAAAUUAAAGUUAUAUUUUGAUAAUAUUUUUUAGCAACACCUUUAAAAAGCGUUGUUAAAUAAUAAAAAAAUAUUACUAAAAUUUUAACAAUAUUUUUUAAAAUACCAUAGCUACUUUAAGCAGAGUAGCAUACACAUAUCAAAAUCAACACGUACGCUUGUGUGUGAACCCUUGCAUAUGUGAUAGUAUGUAGAUCUAUAAGAGAAUGAAAGAAUAAAGGAAGUGAACGUAUCCUUCUGGUGUAUCAUACUAUAUAUAGGUGGAAGACGACGUCCAUCUUUCUAGUGUAUAAUAUUGCCUUCUUUGAAGUUUUGAAGUA